AUGGUUGAGCUCACGCCGUCGGCGGCCCUGGGGGCCGUUUUUGCGAUAUUCAUCGUCUCGAGGAUCCUCAAGUAUCUAGACGGCUUGAAGAGGGUGAACCACUGGCCGGGGAUCAGAUGCCUCUUCAUCCCUUUCACCUUGUUUGGCGCGGUCAUCCCUACAACAUCAUGGAAUCCCGGAGUAAUGUUGACUUGGAAGAAGCGCUUCGAACUAUACCAGCAGCAUGGCAGGGACACCAUCUCGCUCGUCCCUUACCUCGAUGGGCGCGCCGAAUUCUACACCGCUAAUCUGGACGUCAUACGACAAGUAGUGGCAGGAGGUGUUAAGUCGGCAUGGGUCAAACCCGAGGACGGUGGUACCGUCGUCAAGGAGUGGGGAAUGAACUUGUUCACCACAGAACGUGAAGUUUGGCAACGGCACCGCAGGAUCAUCGGGCCGGCCUUCAAUAACAGCAUGUAUGCCCUGGUCUGGGAGAAGGCCAUUGGAAUAUAUCAACACAUGUCCGACCAUGAGGGCUGGUCUGCUACAAACAAACUCAAGCUCAAUCCUGUCCAGAAAUACACAUCGAAGUUUGCCUUCCUUGUUGUUGCGAUCUGCGGAUUUGGGAUGGACAUUUCAUGGCCCGACAUGUCAGCGGACAGCGAAGACCCCACCGCAUACAUGUCUAUCCCAGAGGCCCUGCGCGUAAAUACGACCCCCAGCAUCUCGAAACUUCUUCCAAGGUGGUGUCACAAAUUACCCAUUCAGUUCAUGCGCAAACUCACGCUCGCGCAAAACAUCCUGGCUAAAUACAUGCAAGCGCAGGUGGACGAGCGCCGGGAGCAGGUCCAGACGCAGAUUGCCAUGAACGAGGAGGGAGAGCGCGACAUCUUUUCGCUCCUCGUGCGCGCGACGGAAACAAAUAUAAUGUCCACGCAGAACAACAAGCUCACGCUGACUACCUCUGAACUGAUUGGAAAUGUCUUCUUGCUGCUGUUUGCAGGCCACGAGACGACCGCCCAUACACUGGCCGCGACGUUCGCGCUCCUCGCUGCGCAUCCAGACAUUCAAGAGGAGAUCUACGCUCACAUCAUCGACGUCGUAGGCCCCGAUAGAAUUCCGGUGCUGGAAGACUAUCACAAACUCGAUAAAGUCUUGUGUGCGUUCUACGAAGCCGCGCGCAUGUUUCCGGCCGUAUAUGUUAUGCUCCGCGAGGCAACUGAGGACACGAAGCUCGUCGUCCCGACGUCGUUCGGAGACGAGACGACCACUCUGGCGAUCCCGAAGGGCACUCGGGUCAUCGUGGAUACCAUAGGAUUGCAAUACAACCCUAGAUACUACCCCGAGCCGGAGAAGUUCAUCCCGUCCCGCUGGUAUGGCGAGGAUAAGGCGGACUCAAUCACUGCAUUCAGCAUUGGUCCACGCAACUGCAUCGGUCGCCGGUUCGCUACCACGGAAGCAGUGGCAUUCCUUACGAUGUGGUUGCGCGACUGGAAAGUGGAGCCGUUACUCGACGAUGGCGAGACUGUGGAUCAAUGGUGCAAGAGAGUGCUGGACGCGAGAUUAUUUUUAACUUUGGGUGUUAAGGAUGCCCCCAUCCAACUCACGCGUAGGAGAGGGGAAUAA